GGAAAUAGUUGAAUAAGUGUUAAAAUAGAAAAGACAAAAUAUUGGAGACGUUCCAGAAAAUUAGCAUUGGCCGGGGCUGCGCGCAUGCGUACAGAGGAGCAGGUGACCGCGCAUGGCAUCUCCUCCUCCGCCACCGCUGCCGCUUGGCUCGCUGACUAUGCCGAGCUGCACGUCCGUGUGCGCGGCUACCACCAACCGCAGUGCUCCGGGGGCUCCCGGUUAAGAAUCGAGACGACGGCGAUGACGAUGACGAUGACGGACGGCCACCCAAGAUCUCUCUUCCGAUGCGGCGGAGGAUGCUGACGGUGUUUUAACUGCGGGAUUGGAGGCCAGUUUCCCUCGGUGGAGCUUCGACGCCGGACGGCUCGCCGUUGAAAAAGUUUCAUUUUUGCAUGACGUUGAGCCACCGACAGCCUUCAGGAUGAUCGAGGAGGGCAGCAAGCGAGGCAAGGCGGCCGUGGAGAAGAGGCAGCUCUUCAUGGAGAUGAGAGCCCAAAACUUUGACGUGAUCCGACUGUCGACGUACAGGACGGCGUGCAAGCUACGUUUCGUGCAGAAGCGAUGCAACCUUCACCUGGUGGACGUGUGGAACAUGAUCGAGGCCUUCCGGGAUAACGGCCUCAACACGCUGGAGCAUCACGCCGAGAUCAACGUGUCGCGGCUGGAGACCAUCCUGUCCUCCAUCUACUACCAGCUCAACAAGCGACUGCCGACCACGCACCAGAUCAACGUGGAGCAGUCCAUCGGACUGCUGCUCAACUUCAUGGUGGCCACCUAUGACAGUGAAAGCCACGGCAAGUUGACGGUGUUCUCCAUGAAAGCAAUGCUGGCAACCAUGUGUGGAGGCAAAAUAGUGGACAAGCUGCGCUAUAUUUUCUCUCAGAUGUCGGAUUCGAGUGGCAUCAUGUUGUUCGCCAAAUUCGACCAGUUCCUUCGCGAGGUGCUCAAGCUUCCCACGGCCGUCUUUGAGGGGCCCUCCUUCGGCUACACCGAGCACUCGCUCAGGACGUGCUUCCCCCAGCAGAAGAAGAUCACGCUGAACACGUUUUUGGACGUCUUGAUGGCGGAUCCUCCGCCGCAAUGCCUCGUAUGGCUGCCGCUCAUGCACAGACUCGCUAAUGUCGAAAAUGUCUUCCACCCGGUGGAGUGCUCGUAUUGCCGCAGCGAGAGCAUGAUGGGUUUCCGCUAUCGCUGCCAGCAGUGCCACAGCUACCAGCUGUGCCAGAGCUGCUUCUGGAGAGGCCACGCCAACGGACCCCACAGCAACCAGCACCAGAUGAAGGAGCACUCGUCCUGGAAGUCUCCCGCCAAGAAGCUGAGCCACGCCAUCAGCAAAUCCCUGGGCUGCGUCCCCAUCGGCGAGCCCCCGCAUCCCGUGUUCCCCGAGCAGGCCGAGAGACCCCAGGAGACUCCUCACAACGUUCAGCCCAAAGCAGCGGCCGACCACAUGAGCGACACAAUGCUCAUGUCCUCUGGGGCGGCUGCUCCCACCAAGAGCGUCUUGGAGAGUCCCAGCCGGCUGGACGAAGAGCACCGCCUCAUCGCCCGUUACGCCGCACGGCUGGCGGCCGAGGCGGGAAACUCCACGCAACAAUGUCCUCCCUCCGACCUAACGUUCUCUUUUGACGCCAACAAGCAGCAGAGGCAACUGAUUGCCGAGCUGGAGAACAAAAACAGGGAGAUCCUUCAGGAGAUCCAGAGGCUUCGUCUGGAGCACGAACAGGCAUCGCAGCCCACGCCGGAGAAGGCCCAGCAGAACCCGACGCUCCUGACAGAGCUCAGGCUGCUCAGACACAGAAAGGACGAGCUGGAGAGGCGCAUGUCGGCCUUGCAGGAGAGCCGGCGGGAGCUCAUGGUGCAGUUGGAGGGACUCAUGAGGCUUCUCAAGGAUGAGGAACAGAAGCAGGUGUCGCAGUCGGGCGGCUCCCCCCACUCAUCGCCCAGCCAUGGGGCGGGCUGCUCCAUGCCCAUGCCCAUACGCUCCACCUCGGCCGGCUCCACGCCGACGCACACGCCCCAGGACUGUAUGGCGGGCCUGGGGGGCGACGUGCUGGAAGCCUUCGCGCAGGGUGUCCCUCGGAAUCUGCGUAAUGAUCUGCUCGUGGCUGCUGACUCCAUCACCAACACGAUGUCGUCACUGGUCAAAGAGCUCCACUCAGUGGACGACGGGGCAGAUGAGGAGGAGACGAACAUGAGAAAUGGAGGGGAGAGAGGCGCCAUGCGAGUACAGAAGCAGUGAAGCAAGAGCCGGUUCAUCGUCAAAACGGGAAACAAUCAGUAAUGGCGACGGCGACGGCGACGACGACGACGACGACGGCCGCCAGGCAUUAGCACAUUAGACCACUGCAUGCUGUAAUCCAAACAGGAGACAGAAAAAAAAAGAAAAAAAAUCGGGACACCUCGCAGCGCAAGCAGGAGGUAUCGAAUUAGCCCGUGUGUUGUCCUGUAAGCUCAAACUCGUUCUGUACAUAUUGACCACGCCCAAUAUGGCUCCCGUCGCAUCGCGUUAGCUUUGGGUCUUUUUUUUUUUUUUUAAAUCAUUUAUUUAUUUUUGCAUGAAGCGACACUCACGUCUGCUUUUUGUGUGCUUGCUACGGCCGCACUUUGUGGCUUUUGCCACACUUGGAGGCUCAGUAAGAGUUCGGGCCAGUCAUCCAACUCUUGCAAUUGAGCGCCGUCCGUCUGUCCGGAGGUUAGCACAUUUUUUUCAUCGCACACAUUUUGCCUGCAAUGUUAAAAAAAAAAAAAGUGAAAUCAAAACAUAUAAAAUAUGUCAACAAAGAUGGACAGAAACGUUCUUGGGCCGGAUGUGAUUUAAA